AUGGCUCAUCGACUAUACCGUUUCGACGGCCAGGAUGAAGACCCUCGAUUGGAGGUCCUGUACCGCAACCUCCGCAUCAUCGACAAUGAUAUCAUAGACAACUCCAAAUCGCAGGACGCGCAGGAGACCCGCGCCGAGGAGACCAACGAGAAGAUGCGCCAACUUGAGGUAUCAGUAGACGAAAGCAACACCCUCGUCCACGCGAACACGGCGGCAGCCAAGGACCAUGCGAACAAUCUACGAGUUGUCGCGGGAAUGGUCGAAGACGCGAUGGCCAAGACCAGAGCCAUCGAGGAAACGGUCAACAACAGUGCUGCCAGCAUCGACGAGCUAUCACUGCACGUCGAAUCCAUGGGCGGGGGAAUGGCCCACGUCUCAGCUGAGGUCAUGGCUCUCAAGGAAACGACUGCCGACAAUGGCAAGAUGAUGACCGAGCAUGGCAAGAUGCUGAGCGAGAUCCUCUCCCACUUGCGCAGCAAUGCCCAGGGUGGCAACUCAUCUACUCAUAUCCCGCCUACCACGGCCUCGAAUGCCAAGAGCGCAGAGGAAGUGCGCAAUGAGUUCAAGCAGAAGAUGUUGCAAGCGGCUGGUGGCGAGAAUGGUAACUCUGCCAACUCUGCACCGGCGGUCGAGGCGAACACCAACAACCAGGGCAAUUCUCAUCUGCGUGCCAUUGACGUGAUCAAUAAGCAUGGAAAUUUCCUCCACGAUGCUGCAAACACCUAUUUCCGCGAGCAAGGCAGAGGAAGUAUGAACAUCCCGACGCAUUUGCCAACUGACAGAUUUAUCUACUGGUUGCGCGAAGACUACCUCUCGAAGGCCGACUAUUCCAGAAUCGCGGUACGCGAGCUGUACGCCAUCAUCUACACUCUGACUUUCCAGGAGAAGGAGAACCUCUUCCGUAUGGCCUGGUAUGGACCAGCGGCGACAUACUUCCAAUGA